CUGAGUCACUAUAGUUAACGCAGAGUCCUGCAGUAACUAUCAGUAAGAGUUACAAUUAUGGGGCAAUUAUGAAAGGGGCAAACAAAGAAACAAACAAAACAAGUAAAUAAAACCCGGUCUGCGCGCGCACCUUUACUGUGUGAUAACGACAUACGUUACUCGGAUCCAAGUGGACUGUAACGGACUCGCAAAAACGCGCCAAGUUUAAACUUUGCUGCCGAGAAGAGCGCAGACUGUUUUUCACCGCCAUCAAACAUCGGACAGAAAACAGAGAAGAGACAUGCCGAAGAUUUCAAGCAGAAAGUGGAAAGAAGCUCUGACUGCCAUCAUCGAUGAGCUUGAGAAGUCACAGUUCAAUAAGAUGCUGGAGUUACUGAGGAAGAUUCCUAGAAGCCAGAAAACUCCCAAGUUCAAGGACAAGAUGCCCCAAAAAAUCAUUGAGCACUACGGAGAGGAGAAAUCUAUUUCUGCAAUCAACCGUGUGAUGAGUAAGAUCCCACGGAAGGACGCUGUCAUCCAGGACCAGCUGCGGCCGUUUGUGCUCACGCUAAAGAAGAAGAAACUGAAAGAAAAGAAAGCCUUUAAGGGGACGCACGCAUGUGAUCCAGUGAUGGGAGGGAGUACAGCCGCAUUUGUGGCAAACGGCACCGUAAGUAAGUCAAAAUCUAAGCAUCUGGAGCCAGAACCUGCAGCUGAUUCAAAGAAGAGCUUCCAACAGGACAAGAAAAGAACCAUCAGUGAUGUCAAAUCCAGCAAACAAAUCCUCGACACAGAAGUAAUUGUUGGGAAAGUUCUUCAGAAAUCUGGUCUGUGCACAUUUAAAAUUGACAAGAAGGAGAAGCCAUACUUUAACCUGGCAGUUGCUGAUGAAACAGACGUCAUCAAAGUGGUGGUUUAUAAAAAUGACCUCUAUUCAGAAAUCGAGGAAGAGAGGUCCUACUUGUUUAUUAAGCUACAAAAAAAUGAAGAUGUUUUGAAGGUUACUUCUUCGAGCAAAGUGUCUGAGACGAGCGCUGUGAAAGUCCCAGCUGAGAUUGAGAAGACUGCUCGGACUCUGUUAUGUCCCGAGAGCCCACUGUGCUCCAUCGCAGAGGUCAAAACGUUUGCAGAGUCGUCCAAAGCGAGCAUCAGAGGAACCAUUACAGAGAUGAAAACUCUUGAAAGGAUUACUGUUAUGAAACAGAGGAAAACCAAGAAGCAAGAUUUCCAUCUGAAAGACGACACAGAUUCCAUCAAAGUUUCUGUGUGGGGCGAGAACACUCAGCAAUGCAAGGGAUUACUAGUUGGAGACAUCGUUAAAGUGACCAAUGUAAAGACGAACUACUUUCGUGGAGUCACAUCCGUUAACUCUACUCCAUUCACCAGAAUUCGCAAGGUCUGCAGUGCCAGUUUCCAGACGGGGAGAAUUGAAAUUAAAGCAAUAUCCAAAGCCAAUAAGACAUGGACUCAUGUGGUGGCAGAAUUCAACCAGCAGCUGCAGACAUUUGUUGUAGCUUCUCAACUCCUGGCGAAGGCGUUUGGUGUUAAACUGGAUGAAAAUUUUAAACAAAAGCUUGUGGAUAAAUUGCCCCUCUCAACAGUAGCAGAGACACAAGGAAAUAAGAUACAUAAAAUAAAAUAAAAAUAAUACCUGAAAUUGUUAAACAGGAAAGGGCAAAGUUUUCAAAAUAUUAUAAUAAAAUAGAAAUAAUUCUAAAGAAACUUCCAGACAGAAGGAGUGUGGUAAAUGGCCUGUAUUUGUAUAGUGCUUUACUUAGUCCCUAAU